UUUAAAAAGUAAGAUUGUUGAAUACAUUUGGAGAAAGCAUUUUUGUAAACGUCUUCUUCUUUUACAAACUUAUACAACUGAUUCAUUCAUUAUAACAUGUGUUUUUUCUCGUAUUUUGUCUGCCGGCGUUCAACUGUAAACAUCUGUCUGAAAACAAACAAAUUCCUUUGCAAAAAUCUAGUUGUACAUUCAAAUAAAGUCCACUCUUCUACACGAGAUGACAGUUAUUUCAAAUUGUAACUGUCUUCAAACUGGAGUGUGGUACUUCAACUUGUCUUUAAAGUGUAAGCACGGAAAACUAACAUAUGAGUCUACGAUGUACAUAAUAUAUUAUACAGAAUUAUUAUUUAAUCAUUAGUAGUGAUUGUUCAAGCGAUAUUAUUGGAAAAUAAUUUUUCUCAUUACUUUUGUUAGUACUGAAUUUGCUUAUACAUCAAGCAGUGUAGGUUGUUUCCACAAUGUACAACUUCAAAAGUUAACGGCCGGCCACCUGAAUCACUUGCAAAUUCUAAAAACAGUCUUCCGAAUUCUUGCUAAUAAUUAGCUGUCGUUGGAUGCUGAUUUUAAAGUUCUUCAUCAAAAUGGGUAUCCAAGUUAAUUAUAUUUUAAUGGCACCGAAGAGAGUCAAAACUAGUGGUGCUCACAAUCGUAAUGAAGCAAGAAAGAAGAAAGAAAAACUUAAUGAAGUUUUAAAAAACACAAAAAAUAUUGGUUCAAUGUUCAAGCAGAUGAGCAAGUCUCAACAUGAUAAAUCAAAUGAAAUCGGUGAAAAACGUAGUGAUAACAUCUACUUGGAUAAUGUUAAGGAUCUAAAAUUUAUUAAGAAAGAAAUGCCUUUUUCUGAUAAUCAGAUUGUUAAAAUGCCUGAUGAUAACUUAAAACAUACUGAAGUCUCUGAGUAUGCAUAGUAUGCAUAGUGCACUUACAAUUUAAUAUAAUUUAGUAAUGAGUACUUACAUGGUUAUGUUUCAAAAAAAAAUUUAAAAGGGUUGGCAGAUAGAUUAGUUUUGU